CCGACUUCUUCUCCAAGUGAUUGAAAUUCCUUGAUGUCCGGUAGGCCAUGGCCAGGAUUUCCGAUGAAGACUCAUGAUCGGCUUCUAAAGCAUUGUGGCAGUUUUGCCACACUGGCCUUUGUUCUGCUGUUGCUUUCUCGCCUGACCCACAAAGCCCGUGGGACCCGUGUGACCCGUACUUGGUCCAGCUACUUCUCAGCCUUCGAAGCUCUAGGGCUUUUGGUUUUCGGGGCCUCUGCCUGGCUCCAACGAGACCAUCGCUGCAUUUUGGGACGACCAGUUCGAGCACUGCCAGCCCCAGCGCACUCUGCGGGUGUGACAGCGCUCAGCGAGCUCGGACUCCGCGUAGGAAGCUCUCCGCCGAGCCCCUCGGGUCCCAGCCGCGUGGGCAGCGUGCGCUUCGAUCCCUUGAUUGCAGUGAUGACGAUUCCCUGUUGCACGGAGCUGGCAACUGAGAAGAGAGAACACCUCUGGUGGCAACCCGAUGACUUUGUCAACUUCUUGAGGACACGGCUGGAUAUUGCAGAAGCCUACAAAGCUGCUGCACACAGCCUGGGGGUUGAGAUGUUCAAUGUUUGCAGUGUUGGUGAUUAUGCGAAAGCAGCUUACCAGGCGACCAUUGAGACUUAUCCUGGUCUGAAAGAUGAGUCUCGGCGCGGUCUGGGCUUAGGCCGCCGGAACCAACGUGCCAGAAACAGAGAUGCGUACCUGGCGGCGGUCGUCAAUGAGCAGGGAAGGCAAAAGCAGUUGGGCCUACAUGACCCUGAGGCUCUAGCAUCCGUGGCGCGGGCAGUCUCCAGAAAGGAUCGAGAAUAUGCACACUUCCUUGCUCAGAUGUACUAUGAGCAAGAUCAUGCUGAUGAGUAUCCUGAGAAUGGGGAGGUGCAGACCCCUUCGGACCAAGACAAUUCUGACGGCUCUCCGAGAAGGUCUUCGUCCCUUCGACAGAUCUUCUGGGAAGAGGCGGAGGAGAGCAGCUCCUCCCGUUGCUGUCCAAGCUCCAAGGGCUUCGGCCUCACCCGCGAGAAGCUCCGCGAGGUGGGCCUCAGUGCUACAGGCCACGUGCUCUCGAAGACUCAGCGUUGCCAAUCCUUUCAACCGCUCAACGAGGAGAGUGGUAGUGACUUCGAGUGAGGCGCAUUUAUUCGUGAAAGAUUUGCGAAAGAUCCUACAUCCUCGAUGUUGGAACUGUAGAUACUUCAUCCUUCCUUCACUCAGGAGGAGCCUUGAUUCCUGACUUUCUUUACGCUUCUUCUAGCUCACUCACAUUGGUGAUUCGGCUUGGCCAUGGCUCCUAGGUACAGUCAGUCAUCAGUGGCACACUCACAAGCCCUUACAUUGCACAUUAUAUAACUCACACUUGCGAUGCACAAUCCCUACUAGGCUGUAUAGUAACUCUUUUGUUAUUUCGCUUGGGCCUAGAAACCCACCAUGAUAGACAUUUUUUGACGAAAGAUUCGCGAAAGUUCCGCGAAAGCAUAGGCGAAUGUGAAGGCCUGCUUUCUGGCCAAGCAGAGAAAACCCUAGCAAGACAUGAGCACAACAACAGUUGAUAGCGUGCUCGUCCAAAACAAACAUAGCAAACAGAUGUCAGUGGUUAGGCUGCUUUGUAGAACCACAAAGCCAAAAAAUUUUUUGGAUAUAACCCCCGCGAAAGUUAAACAUGGAGUUCGCGAAAGACUCGCGAUAUUUUUCGAAGAAUUGCCUUUCAGCAAGCAGGAUUUUUGAUCGACCACCAUAUACUGCAUUAUGUUCGGAUUGUCGCAUGGCUGCUACAGAACUCAGAUAUUCCUCCAUCAAGCGCCUGCUUUGAGACCUCAGGACCGUCAUGAGACUUGAGAGAUAUGCGGGGAGACACCGCCAAAAACAUUUUCAAGGCGGAUGAAACGCAGGCUCUCCCAAACCACACAAUAUCUCCCCUCCAAUAUAGCAAGUGAAUUUUCCUUCGAGUAGCCCAUUUUAUGCUACUUUGGCUGGCAAAAAAAUAUUCCGCCUCAAUCAGCAUCUUUCACAAGGCCGAACAACUUCCAGUCCUGGGGCAGUUUUUUUUCUGAGAUUGAUUUAAUUGUGGUAGCUGCUUACGCAAGACUCAAUGAUCUUGGCCCAAGACAGACAUGGGUGCGGGUAUUGCCAGCUCUUAUCAUCUUGCAGAGCGUCGUUUUAAACGCUGCGUGCUGGGGUGUGGAAACCUUCACAGGAGAUGAAAUUGUAUCUCAACAAACCUCACGAUUUUGUGCAACG